GGUGCCUAGAAGACAUCUGGGGAUGUGUGUAUGUGUUUGCCCGGGGUCUGAUAUUUCCAACAAAGCCAGAAGAGGAUAAAAGCAAAGUCCUGAUUAUUGUCACUUAGCUUUUUCUUUUUUCUUAAGCUCUCCAAGUGCCCUGGGAAGUUUCGUUCUUCUGACCUCCCACCUUCUCCCCACCACCACCCUCCUCUUGGUGCAGUACAUCUUUAGUGAGGAUACGCACCAUCCAGAGGUUCAGUCCAGAAAUCAUGAAAUUGAACGACAUUGAAAAUAAGCCUGAAGCCAUGGUGGGCCCAGAGCCCACAGGACCGGGCGGCACCCACCCAUCACAUACCAUGACGAUGGCGCCUGCUCCCGCUGUCUCCACGAUGGCAGAUAACGCCACUGAGUCUGAGGGACCAGUUAAUAAGAAUGAUGUCUUCGAGGAGAUCAAAAGCAAGUUCCUUAAUGAGAUCGAUAAAAUCCCAUUGCCUCCCUGGGCGCUCAUUGCCAUCGCCGUGGUCGCCGCACUCCUCGUCCUCACCUGCUGCUUUUGCAUCAUCAAGAAAUGUUGCUGUAAGAAGAAGAAAAACAAGAAAGGCAAAAAGGGAAAGGAUGGCUUUAACAUGAAGAACAUGCAGGGUGGAGAUAAACACCAGGAUGAUGACGACGAAGAAGGGGAAACUGGUUUGACGGAGGAAGAGAAAGAGGAAGAGGAAAAGGAAGUAGAGAAACUGGGGAAACUUCAAUAUUCUUUGGAUUAUGACUUCCAGGACGCCAAGUUGACAGUUGGAAUCUUACAGUGUGCUGAUCUGAUCUCCAUGGACUCUGGUGGGACUUCAGACCCUUAUGUUAGAGUGUUUAUUCUACCAGAUAAAAAGAAGAAAUUUGACACUAAAGUGCACAAAAAGACCCUCAACCCAGUGUUCAACGAAUCCUUUGUCUUCAAGAUCGCUUAUGAGGAGCUGGGUGGGAAGACGCUGGUUAUGUCAGUAUUCGACUAUGACCGCUUCUCCAAGCACGACAUCAUCGGUGAGGUAAAACUACCCAUGAACACAUUGGAUCUGGGUCAGCCUAUUGAGGAGUGGCGAGACCUCGACAGUGCUGAGAAAGAAGAGCCUGAGAAGCUCGGUGAUAUCUGCAUCUCUCUGCGUUAUGUUCCUACUGCGGGAAAACUCACCGUCUGCAUCCUUGAGGCAAAGAAUCUGAAGAAGAUGGACGUGGGUGGUCUGUCUGAUCCAUAUGUGAAGAUCCAGUUGUUGCAGAAUGGAAAGCGUCUAAAGAAGAAGAAGACGACGGUGAAGAAGAACACGCUGAAUCCAUACUACAAUGAGUCCUUCAGCUUUGAGAUUCCUCUGGAGCAAAUGCAGAAAAUCAUUGUGGCGGUGACGGUCUUUGACUACGACAAGAUAGGCAAGAACGAUGCCAUUGGCAAGAUCUUCAUUGGCGGUAAAGGCUCGGGCACAGCGACCAAGCACUGGUCUGAUAUGCUUGCAAACCCACGCCGCCCCAUCGCCCAGUGGCAUCCACUCCAACCCGAGGAAGAUAUCGAUGGUGCUCUGGCUUCCCUUUUUGCCAAGAAGUAACUUCCCACAUGCCAACCUGACUAACCAACAAAAUAACCAACCCACCACUGCAUGAAACCACAGACCCAUCUGUACGCGUUGUGGCAGUUUGUUUCACAUAAUCACCAACAAACACUGAAAUAUACUACAGAACAUACUUGAAAAGAUGAACAAUAUCACAUUUUGCCAAAUAGUGCAAAUUGAGGAGAAACUGAAGAAACGAAUAUGAUGCAUUUGGUCCAAAAGAACAUUUUCAAAUACCAUUGUGCAACUAUAUAGCAAAGUGAUUAUGGCAAUAGAAGUGGCCAGCAAGAAUCUGUGUUCUACAUAACAUGUUCUUAAAGCCUAAAUGUCCCAAUCUCUGCCAAAUCCACUAAACUUUAAAGGGGUAGUUCACCCAAAACAUUAAACUUCUACCAUUAUUUACUUACCCAUAUGUACUAAAACCCAACAAUGGAAGUGUCCAGAUUCAAAAGUGCACCAAAACUGGAAAUCGGUAAACUAGGAAGCUAGGCAUUUAUUAAGAAUGUCACUUGUGCCAUUAUUGUACAUUAUCAUGUACAAUAGAUAGUUUCAACUGCAUUGUGAGAUCAUUUGUUCACUGAAUAGGAAAAAAGAAUUUCAAGGUGUUGUUGGCUUUUCUUUUCUUUUUGGAGUGUAACUAAAGACAGACAGAUUUGUUUACAUUAAAAAUUGGGCCUUUUGAUUAGACUUUAAUCAAUUUAAACUAUAAAACAUGAUUUUGCAUUUAUAUGAUAAUAAUAAAUGGGAAAUCUAUGGACUAAUAAUUCAUAAAUAGAUGUCACAAUAUGCAUUCAUGUUAAAUUCAACAUUAGUCAAGCAUGUUUUACACAUAAAGUCUUUUUUACUGUAAUUCUGCAAUUAAACUCAUAUAUUCAAGAUUAAAAAAUAAAUAAAAUAUGCUAGACACACUGUCUCCAAACUUACAGGCAUCGUAUACACUAAUGAAAUGAGUGAAAUUUGCAUUCAGAGUAUUGCACACACAUUUGAGUAUCUGCUUUUUGCCACUGCUUUGUUUGUUUGGAGCCAAAUUUACCCAAAUCCAUUCAGUAAACUCCACUCUCUGAGAUGCCAAAUAUUAACUCAAAUUAAAUGGUAAUUGGCAGUUAAACGGGUUAUGUUGAACAUCUCCCGGUCUCCAUUAAGUUAGACGCUUAAAAUAAAGCAAUCCAUUUAGUGUGCACUUAUGUCUACAACUUCACCCCCCAAACUCUGCUUGUGUAAAUAUGCAUUGAUCAAAUUGGUUUCUACAGCAUGACCUAUAAAUCGAUGUACAUAGAGGCAUGUUUUAAAGAUAGAACAUAAUUAUAUGUGUAUGUGUGGCAUUUUGAUAAUAAAAUGUAGAGGGGAAAAAAUGCACUGAAUGCACAUUUUAUGAGAUUUCCCGGAAAGGGUAUAAGACUAUAUGAAUAUAUUAAUAGAGUUUUUGAAAAUACUUUAAUAUUUGCAAAAGAGAAUUAUGAGCUGUGGGUUAAGAGUGUUAGACUAAUACUUGUGAUGUCAUGUAGAAUUGAUUUGCAUUGAUUUAUUUUGUAUUUGUCCAGUCAACAUGUGUUUGUCAUGUUUCUGUGUUUACUCUGUCCUAGUGAUGUGAAAAUAUAAGAAAUAUAUGUCCAGAUUGUGAAUUUACAGGAAUGUAUGUAAGGGUGAAUCUCACAAAACAUUUCCAGGCCAAAAAAAAAAAAGAAAAAUAUUUUGCUGAAAUAGAAACUCAAGUCUAUGUUUUGGACCAUUACGAUAUAUUUUUUUUUUUUUGCAUUAUUUUUAUGACAAUUAACGUUACCCUACAAAUUUGUAUUACCAUAUUGCACUCAAAUAAUAUUGUAUCAUAUGUAAUUUGAAUUAAGGUAUCUUUGACCCUUUAAGCUCAGAUUGAUCAACACAAAAUAGGUAAUAAAUGUAAAGCUUAGAAGCUCUACAAAACUGAACCAGUGCAGUGAAAUUGUGUUCAGUUUUGAUCAUUUAUGAAAACAUUUGCACUGAUGUUUUUACUGAAUGCAAUAAUAUGUACAAACUCAUCAAAUAGCCAUGUGUCAGACAACCAGCCUAUUGUUUUACUCACAGACAAAAAUAUAGCGAGUAAUAGCUAAGUAUAUGUCUUUAACAAUUAUGUUGUUGUUGUUUUAUGCCGUGUUUUCGCUUACAACAUGAUAAAUAAACAGAAAAUAAAUCCACAAGAAGCACAAUGUUACAUAUGGCCACCAGGAGAUGGCGCCAGAUACAUGAAAGAGUCUCAAUGAUGACUCAAAUGGCACAGAAUGAAACUCAUUCUGUAAAAUAUCAUUACUAAAAUCAUGUCUGCAUGCUAUGCUUGAGUCAUUGUUGUGUUUGCAUGUGUCAUUUUUUUCUUAUGUACAAUUCUUAUGUUCUAUUUAAUUGGCUUUUGGACACAUGGAGACAUUUUUGGGCACUAGGAUAAAUUAUUUUUGUAGAGUUAUAACUUUCGAUUGCUUUGUUGUAUCAACAAGACCUUUUUCUCAUAUACAGCUGACAUGAUUGGGAACAAAACUAAAGCCACCUUAUUUACACGCAGAGAUAUAUCAUGUCAAAUAAGAAAUAAAUAAUGUAUCAUAAUCAAUAUCAUUAAAACAAUUUUAACGUUUUCUUUACAAUGAUACCAAACGCUAGACCCUCCUUUUUUUAUGCCACAGAAAUGGGAAAUCUUUAAAAACGCCUUCAGAGCUUAAAUGUUUAGGGUUAACAAAAUAAAAACUUAAAUAUAAAAUAUAAAUUGUAUUAUAAAUAAAAUUGUAUUUAUAAUUAAUAAAUAAAUACAGUUUUAAAUACAAUUUAUAACAAAGUGUAUU